UAUGCUUCCCUAACUGCAGCACUGCUGGCAGACUCAUUAUUAUACUUGUCAGUCUUCAAUUCCAAAAGUGACAUGUUCAGCUAAAGCAGUCUCAGUGAAUUCCGUCCUUCAAUUAUUUUUUUUAUCAACGAUUUGUGUUUGAUAAAGUUAUAUUUAGAUGUUAUCACUGUAGGAACAAAUACUGUUCGAUUGAAUUUUUCUUCAUAUCUAAUUAGUUUGCUUACUGCUUACGUAGUUACUAAUGUUAUGCAAAACCAAAGCCACACUUCCGAUAUUUUUCUCGAAAAAAAGGUGAUGACGAAAGUGAAAUAGAGCACAGACCAGUUAGUGAGCCAGGAAUUAAUAACAUACAAGGAUAUAACAUCCCGCAAGCAGGAUGGACAAUAAUGAUCAAUCAGAAUCUAUUAUUCUGUAUGAACCGGAACCCAACGCUAAAAUUGUUAGUCAGCACCAGCGAACAACGGAAGCGAAAUGGACGUUCUGGCUCCUCACAGCAGGCAUCUCCACCACAUUUGGAGCUGCCAUUCCUACCGGUUACAAUAUAGGAGUAAUAAAUGCCCCAGCUGACUUCAUCAAAGAAUGGUGCAACGAAACCAUAUACGAAACCUACGGAACAGUGUUAAGUAGUGAUGCUUUAGAUACCUUCUGGGCAAUUGUAGUGUCGAUAUUUUUGAUCGGAGGUGUAGUUGGUUCCUUGGGUGGUGCGUGGGUAACCGAUAAACUAGGAAGAAAACGAGCCUAUCUGGGAUGUGGAAUACUGCUUGUGCUUGGUGGAAUAUGUUUCCAGUUCUGCAGAGCAGUGGGUUCCGUAGAGCUUUUGUUGCUCGGACGAAUCCUGGUCGGUUUAGCAGCAGGACUCACAACUAGUACGGUACCAAUGUACUUAACAGAAUUAGCACCUAUAAGUUUGCGUGGCGCACUAGGUGUGUUUGCCUCUAUUGGCGUUACCGGCGGAGUUGUGGUAGGGCAAGUGAUGAGCUUGGAAGAAAUUUUCGGCACCGAUGAGCUAUGGCAGUUUGCACUGAGCUUUUAUGUCAUCCUAGUACUCACUUUUUUCGUACCCUAUCAUUGGCUUCCUGAAAGUCCAAAGUACCUGUAUGUGAUAAGAAAAAAGCGAGACGAAGCAAUCUAUGAAAUAAGGCGGCUAGGAGGUAAGAACGCGGGGGAUGACUACGUGAAACAACAGAUAGAGGCGAUGCGUGGUGAAGAUGCUCCAAUAGGUGAAUGUGAAGACCACGAAAACGAACGGCAUAAAUCCAACAAGCGAUCCAUAUGGUCUGUAUUGACCGAUCCUACACUGACACUACCUUUGAUACUGGUAUGUGCCUUACAAGGAGGACAACAACUCUCCGGAAUCAAUGCGGUGUUUUUCUACUCUGUAUCCAUCUUCAACUCAGUAGGACUUAGUCCCACGGAUGCCAAGUUCGCAAAUCUUGGUGCUGGAUGUUUGAAUUUGUUUAUCGCUUUCUUCACCCCAAUUUUGAUGCAACGGUUUAACAGACGUUUUCUCGCCAUUUUAUCUUGUUCUAUGUGUGCUGUUUUCUUGUUUUGUCUGACAUUCAUCGUGUAUUUUAUCGAGGAAGUAAGCUGGUUCUCUUAUGCAAGUGUUAUUGCGGUCCUACUCUACAUAACAUUUUAUCAAAUUGGUCUGGGCCCAAUACCAUAUUUUAUCGGUUCAGAACUGUUCGAGGUUGGACCCCGGCCUGCGGCUAUGGCAAUGGGCAGUUUAUCAUCUUGGGGCUGUAACUUUUUAGUAGCCAUGCUGUUUUUAACCCUCCAGAAAGCUUGGGGAGCCUUUGUCUUCCUACCAUUUACGGUGACCUGUGUGCUGCUCACGAUAUUACUUAGGAUUUAUCUACCAGAAACCAGGGGGCGUCACAUCUCCUCAAUUGUACCUCUCGUCGCGAAUGGCUUCCAAUCGAAACCGUUGGUGCCUUGGACGUAGAAAAUAGAAACGUACUCACAAAACGCUUCACGGAACUUUUGCUAUACGAAUUUUCCCAAUUGGAUUCAACGCACUCUAGUACUACUAGUUCAAUUCUAAUGAACAACCUACUCAAAACACGAAUUUACAAAAUAAACGAGAGCAUUUUGCUAUAAAA